AUGGCUCCCGUGGAGCGCGAAGCUUCGAGAGAUGCGGAUCGCCCGCUGAGACAUCAACAUUCAAUGUCCUCCGACCAAGGCAGAGCCCUGGUGCCUAUGUGGGAUAGCUCAGAUCCCGACAGGGCACCGCCGCCCUUACCUUUGAAUCCGCAAUCACCCGUCACGACCUCUAGAAAGGGGACCUCUGUUGCCAUUCAGUCUGCUCAUGCGGCCCUGACCGAAAGAGCGCGCGAAAGCGCCAUGAUCCCUGGCCCGUUGACGAAGCGCAACACCGACAUCUCGCCAGAGCGCUCUCUCAUUAAAGGAUCCCACCACAAGCGUAUGCAGUCGCUGCAGCCAGGAAGCGUCAGAGACCUCGGCUUGCUUUUGGAGAGUGGUCAGCAGUCCAACCCACCAUCCCCUACCAAAUCUCCCGAGCGGCCGGCCCGACCCUCCACUCCAGGUGCCAACAGAAGGAAUAGCUUCGCCGACUCAAGGCGAGACAGCUUUGCAGACAGCAGAAGGGAUAGCUUUGCCGAUUCGAGGUCAACUGAGAGGGAAGCCACAACACCGUCCUCAGUCACGAGUCAAACGCCCGUCGUGCGCCCGACGAUCAAGAGACAGCAACAGAGCAUUUUGGGCGAGAACCCGCCUCCACAGUCUGCGACCAUGCUUGCCAUUCAGAACAUGCCGCUUCAGGGUCAGCAGGAGAAGGAGAACAUACAUGCCCAUGUCACCAACGGCUCCAACAAUGCUAUCGUGAGAGCUCCUCAACAGGUCGAAGCUCUCUCGGGGCAGAUCUUAAGUCUUACCAACAUUGCAACAGCUUUGCAAAAGGACAUGGCUCAAUUGAGUCGACGAAGCCGGGACAAUGCAACCGACUUGCUCAGCCUGAAGGAGGCAACUAAAGCCCGGGACGAGGACAUUCGCAAGAGUCUGCGUGAACUCAUCAACAAUGCUCAGGAUGCCGCCGCAAACAGCAGACCAGGCUCGAGAGAUCCCUUCGCCAAUAGCUUGUUCCUCGACAGCAAGCCUCACCACACAUCGCCUCCCCCAAGCAAGGCCGCUCGCCCCUUCUCUUUGCCUAGGAUCCCGUCGCCCAACAGCUUCGCGGCAUCAAUCGAUCGAGACAACCUAAGCACACCCUCGCUGUGCAACUCGGAAUCUCCUGCCACAAUGGCGAUCCUCGACAGAAUCAUAAGGGACAUGGGCACAAAGGAGGGACAAGAUCUUCUUCUCGCUCGUUUAACAGACGUUGCCGAGAAGCUGGCUGGUGUUGCCCCGGCCUCGAAAGUGGAUGAGCUGAUCCAGAUCGUCAAGGCAAAAUCCGACGAAGCUAUGCUGGCUCGGGGUGGUGGUGGUGGUGGCAAUGGGGGUAGCAACGGCAACCGUCCUCAUGCAGCCGGCUUCGACGACGAUUCUAAUAGCAUGAAUUUCGACUUUGACCCCGGAUACGCCAGUCAGCUGACACAUCGAUCUGAGAGAGCACUGCACAACGAGCCUUUAUCACGAUCAGCGUGCCACUCUGCCAAUGCCUCCGAGCUUGUCAGCGACGAAGUACUCAAAAUCAUCCGCGCCGUCAAGGACAGUGUCGCUCAAGGGGGUGGUCUAACUGCAGAGGUGAAGGCGCUCGUCCGUGAGCUUCGCGGGGAGGUCUUGGGCAUGGGACGGGAGAUUGGCAGAAGACUGGACGAAGUGAACGCAGAGUCCUUAUCCACCGGGCCACCAGCCGACAACGAAGAGAUCUCAAGAAUUGUCCACGAGGGCCUUGACCAGAUGAGAGAGCACAUGGACGAACUUCUUCGUGAACACCGACGCCAGUCUGCUGCCUCCUCCCUAUCAAGAGCAACUGCUGUCGACUACCAAGAAAUUUACAAUGCUAUGAGAGCGGCACUCCGAGACUCACAGGCCUCACAACAAAAAGAACCCGACCUAAAUCGGGAGGAUGUAAUCGAAGCUGUAAGGGAUGCCUGGGAGAACUACAAACCGGAAGUCGGAAACCACGACCCGGGACUCGGACGGGAGGAGAUCUUGGAAUAUCUCAAGGAAGGCUUGCAAGAUUAUGUUGACCGGGACGAACAGCCCAUUGGAGCCUCCCGAGAGGAGGUGUUCCAGGCGGUCGUCGAAGGCCUCAAGCACUUCUCACCACCACACGUGGACACCCCAGCCAGUCUCUCCCGAGACGAGAUUCUUGAGGCCGUUCGCGAAUGUUUGGAGGAGUUUGAGUUCCCUGUUGCCCCAUCGGCAUUCAACCAGGAGCUAACCAAGGAAGACAUGCUCCACGCAGUCAAGGAGGGACUCAGCGAAUACGACCUACCUACCACCGGAACUCUUGUCCCUCACCAGAACAAUAACGAAGAGAUAGUCUCUCGAUUGCAGGACAUAGUCGAUUGCAUGCGUGGCGAAUUUCGUGCCGUGACAGAGGAAGCAAAGCAAAAUGCUGCAGUCAACGGCCGUAACACGGAACACAUCAUUGAUGCUACGAGGAACGGCCUCGAGAAGCUGCGUGCCGACAUCCAGCAAUAUGUCAGUCAUUUAAGCGGCAGUACCGGACAGGAAGAAGUCACAGAAACGUUACUAGGUACUCUGGACACCUUCCGGGACGAGAUGGCCUUGCUGGUCGAUCGCGUCACGAGCGAUUCGAGGUCGACAAUCGAGAGCCACAUGGAGUCACUUCGGGAUACGGUCAACUCCUCGAUGGUGCCAGUCACUCCACAAGUCAACCAGAAAGAGAUCAUUGAGGCUUUCAGAGACGGCAUCGACAGCGUGCGUGCCGAGUUGCGCCGGCCCUUUGCUGGAGUAACUGACAUCCUGGACGCCCUUCACGAUGGUCUGGCAGACUUGCGCAUUAGCAUUGAUAAGGUUGCUAACCGGCCAGCGGAUCUUACUGCCAACGAUGAGAUUUUGGAUGCGCUGAAGUCCGGGCUCGACAACGUUCGCUCUGAAAUUGACAGCCUCCGUGAACAACAAGGUCAAAACGACAAGGCCUUGACAACAAUGCACGCAGGUGCCGUUGUCUCGACAGACGGUCUCAACCAGGACGACAUCAAGAACCUUGAGGUGCUUAUCACCCAAUUGCGCAUCAAGAUCGAGGCCAUGGAGCCUGUGAACGUUGAUUCUGUCGUAAAGGACGAUCUCAUACGCAUGGAGGAUAUGCUACGCUCCCUGCAGGAGUCUGCGUCCAAGGACGAUAUCCUUCGCCUCGAGGACAUGCUCCGCCUCGUGCAAGAAUCGGUCUCCAAGGAUGAGACCUCCCGCAUCGAGGAGGUUUUGCUCAACGCUAAGAAUUCGGUGUCCAAGGAGGAUGUAGUGCGCCUGGAGGAGACAAUGUUGUACAUCCACGAGUGGGUCAAGUCCAAGGAGAGUCCUGCCAGUACCGAUACUGCAACCAAAGAGGACGUCCAAGCUAUCGAGACAAUUCUGCGUAACACCAAGGGCCGACUGGAUGACCUCAUUGAUAACGAGCAAGCUGUACGCAAAGAGCACCUUGACAGCCUCGAGAACACCAUUCUGGAAACCAGAGAGACUAUUAACCUCAUCACUACCCAGAUGGACGGCCUCCCGAAGAAGGAUGAUGUAACUUCCGUCGAGGCGCUGGUGGCACAGAUCGCUGCAGGCUUCGAUGAAAUAAAGGAGAGCGCCGCCAAACAGCUUGAAGAUCCCGAGCGUGUCACCAAGACUGACGUUGAGGCUGUCGAAGCCGUGUGUCUCGAUAUCAAGAACGUGUUCGACCAAAUGCUCAAGACUGAUCUGGCCACACUUGUUAGCAAAGAAGACCUGAAGAAGACAGAACUAGCCCUGGAGGAACUCAAAGGCCCUCUGGCGGGAUUGCAGGACGGACUCCAGGAAAGCCUCAAGGCCCCAUUGGACGAGCUAAAGACUGAGUUGAAACCCCCUUUGGAAGACCUCAAGACUGCCCUCGAGGAGCUCAAGGCCCGACUCGACGCCCUGACCGAGGCACACACCCAAGGGGGUGAAGAACGUCAAGCUGAGAUCGUUGGCGUCAGUGAGCGGGUCACGGAGGUCAAAACCUUCCUCGAGGAGUUCCAAGGAUUGGUCAAAGGCAAACUCGAGGAGGGUGCUAGUAGCGUCGAGUCGCUCGCAAAGCUUUUCGAAGGCGUCUCGAUUUUCGUGGAGAGUAACGCCACUGUUGGCCAGGAGCUGAAGGAUCUCUCUGACUUGAUGAAGGUGGAAUUCGAAGAGUCCAAGGCCGGUGUGGUAGGUGCCAAGUUGGAGUCGGACGAAAAGUUCCAGCAGACUACCGAAGCCCUAGUCGCCAAAAUCGACGAGAAGGUAGCAGAGCUGAUGACCAAAUACGACGAGUUCCAUGUGGCCCUUGACGACCGCGCCAAGGCUGGAGAGGCCCGGGAUGCUAGCACUGAAGAGGCAGUGCUGGGCACCAAGGCGGUUGCCGAAGAACUCAAGUCUCUCGUCGAUACUCUUGGUGCUGCUGUCACCGAUUCGAUGGAAAGGAUGGAGGAGGCGUCCAAGACUGUGUUCACCAAGGUCGAGGACCUCAUGACCAAAUCAGAGGAGAACCACACGGACGGCAAGGCUGAGCACCAGCAGACUCGGGAUUACUUGAAGCAAGCCGUCGAGGGCCUUCAGGGGCAGUUUGGAGAAGCCCAACCCCAGAUCCUUGAGUCCGUGAAGGAUAUUUUGAUGGUCGUCGGCCAGCACUACGAAUACGCCAAAGCAUCUACGAAUGAUAUUCAGAAAACAAUCGAAGAUGCCAAACCAACGGAGCUGGCACUCCCACCAAUCCCCGAAAAGUAUGACGAUACGAUAGUCCUCGAGAAGCUCGACAGGCUUGUCGAACAGACCGCGGUCCCGGCCGAGAAGUAUGAUGACGCGGUUGUUCAGGAGAAGCUGGACAAAAUAGUCGAGCAUGUCUCAGUACCCGCGGAAAAGUACGACGACACUGGCGUCCACGAGAAGCUUGAUCAACUUGUAGCGCAUGCCCAAGCACCUGCUGAGAAGUACGACGACGCACCAGUGCACGAAAAACUCGACAAGUUGGUCGAUCAUAUUAUGGUCCCUGUUGAAAAGUAUGAUGACGCGGUGGUGCAGGAGAAGUUAGAUAAGCUUGCUGAGCGACAGGCGCUGCUUCCAGUCGACAAUUACGAUGAUGCUAUGGUUCAAGAGAAGCUUGACAAGCUUGUCGAACAACAAGCUUUAAUCCCGGUCGAGAAAUACGACGACACAAUGAUUCAGGAGAAGCUUGAUAUGAUUGCCGAACAGCAGUCGUUGAUUCCGACAGAGAAGUACGACGAUGCCGCGGUUCAAGAGAAGUUGGACAGGCUCGCCGAACAGCAGUCAUUGAUUCCGACAGAGAAGUACGACGAUGCCGCGGUUCAAGAGAAGUUGGACAGGCUCGCCGAACAGCAGUCAUUGAUUCCGACGGAGAGGUACGACGAUGCCGUGCUCCGCGAGAAACUGGACCAACUCUCCCAACAGCAGUCCCUUAUCCCGACCGAAAAAUAUGACGACGCAGUUGUUCGAGAAAUGCUGAAAAAGCUUGCCGAGCAACAGGCGAUGAUCCCUACCGAAGCAUACGACGAUACCGCCGUACACGUAAAGCUGGACGAGCUGGUCGGCCACACUCACGCUGCCGAGAAAGCAUUUUCCCAACUUGAGACGCUCGAGAAGGUCCAUCAACAAGUCAUCCAGACAGCCGCGGACAUCUCGCUUUUCCUCUCUACUCAGACCAAGAAGAUCAGGGAAGAGGAGGACGAUCGAGAGAAGUUUCUUCAGGAAGUCACACUUGACCUAGAACGGAAAUUGACUCUCAAGGAGCAGAUCCAGUCCAAUCUGCUGGAUCUCAAGCAGGAGGAAGAGAGGCUGAGAGCUUCCGUGCUCGGACUGCGUACAGAGCAAGAAAGUCUCAUUCGCCAGAAGACGAGGCUGACAGCUGACGUCUCGUCCCUCGAGACCGCACUGCAUAUUCGCAGAGACGAACUCCAUGAUAUGGAAACCCGUGCUGAAGGAUUGGAGCGCCGCAUCUUGGAAGGUGUGAUGGACCAUUCUCGAGUCCUUUUGAUGUCAAAAGCAACAAAGGGCCGUGACGCUAUGAGCCGUAAACGCGUCCGAGACCAAAAGCUGGGCCAAGAGAAUGAUUCACAUGGGAAGCCUGCAUCGCCCGCCGUCAACUUGGCACUCUCCGCAAAACGGAACUCAAAGCCGCCGGUGCAGGCAGGCACCGCACGCCGCAUCUUGUCCCUUAGCCAGAUCACGAACAAUGUCCCAAGCGGCGGUGUCCAGCGCAGCCAGAGCGUAAGGACUGCUGGGGCCAAGGGCCAGCGAAAGUCUAGCUGGGCGGGCGGCUAUUCUAAGGGUUAUGGGGAGCUUAACAAGGAAAACAUGUCACUGAAGGAGACUGAGGAGGAGAACAUGCCGAGUCCCGCCCUCGCGUCCUGCGAGGACCCCAUAGACGUAACAGAGUCUCUGGCGGAUGGCGACGAACCAAGCGACACUGAGACUUUGCGCCGCAGCAGUCACGGCAGCCGGAUCAGCCGUGGUAGUCGUGGCACGACGGUUGUCACGGAGAGCACCGACAAUUGCACUGGCGACGGAGACCAUUCAGACUACUAUGACGACAAUCAGAGCGACUUGCAAAGUGACCUCCAGAGCGAGUGGACAGAGAGGAGUGCCGUGAGCUCUAAUGUGAGCUCAGACCUUGGCUCAAACCUCGACCAGGAAUCUCUUAACAACGAGGUUAUGGUUUACGGGGAGACGGCCUGA